AUGAGCUUCACUAACCCAGUCAUCCCGGGUUUCAACCCCGACCCCUCAAUCAUUCGGGUCGACAAGGACUUUUUCUUGGUUACCUCCAGCUUUGAAUACCUCCCCGGUGCCCCGAUCUAUCACAGUCGCGACUUGAUUCAGUGGAAGCUGAUUGGUCAUGCGUUGACAAGGCCGAGUCAGCUUCAAAUCCACACUCCUGAGCCGGGUGGUGGUGUGUGGGCGACUACUAUCCGCUACCAUCGUGGGGUGUUUUACAUCACCGCUGCUAGCUUUCAACGAUAUCGUCCACAGCAGGAUGACCGAGUUUGGCCGCAGGGAUUCUACGUGCAGACAACGAAUAUCUGGGACGAUAGUACCUGGUCUGAUCCGGUGUAUUUUGACCAAGUAGGAUUCGAUCAGGAUCUAUUCUGGGACGAUGACGGAACUGUAUACCUGUCAUCGACAUAUCGUAAGCUUGAGCCUACGGCAGGAGUGAAGUUAAAGGACUUUGCCAUCCACAUCUGCACCAUUGACAUCGCCACCGGACACUCCACCUCAGAGCCAAUACUGAUCCGCGAGUCAUCUUCUGGAGUUGCAGAAGGCUCCCAUAUCUACAAGCGCGGUCGCUACUAUUAUCUUUUCACGGCCGAAGGUGGCACGGAGAGUGGGCAUUGUGAAUGGGUUAGUCGCAGUGAAGUUGGGCCCCUGGGACCAUGGGAACUUGCGCCUCAUAAUCCCCUGUGGCGUAAUGGUGUGAAAGAUGAAGUCCAGAAUACCGGCCAUUUGGAUCUCGUUGAGGAUACCGAUGGGAAUUGGUGGGCGGUGCUUUUGGCGGUUCGGCCAGUGCGGAAGGGAGAUCAGUGGGAAGAGUCUGUUUUUGGUUGGUUUUGUCACGAAACUCACGUUUGGGAUGGGUCAUUACUGACUAUUAUCGUAGGGAGAGAGACUUUCCUUGUCCAUGUGGAGUGGGAGAAUGACUGGCCGGUAAUCAAUGGCGGCAAGAAAAUUGCUCUUCGGUCUACUGGACCAGGGCUCUAUCAACACGAAAUUCCUGUCUCUUGGAGAGAUGAAUUUUCAGGAUCCCAGCUGCAGUUGGAUACUCCCUUGACCAUCGACUACUCUCUUACUGAGCGACCCGGUCAUCUUCGACUAUAUGGUGGGCCAUACACCCUGUCAGUACCGGCUAGUCCGACAAUGUUCCUGCGCAAGCAGAGUCAUAGAUUCUGUACUUGGGAGACAAAGCUAUUAUUCCACCCUACAUCGGAGCACGCCGAAGCUGGAACCGUCGUAUGGUGGAAUUAUUUCACCCAUAGUAGUCUUGGAAUCCGGAAACGAGGCGAUGACCGGAUCAUCCGGUUCAAGCCGUCAGAGGGCGACAUGGUUGAGAGAGUGCUGGAAACGACGGGCGAUAUUGUCCUCGUUAUUGAAUGUGGCAAUGAGUACCAAUUUGGAUAUCAAGACCCAUCUAGCUCCGAGACUAUUUGGAUUGGAAGUGUGGCCAAUCAUGUCGCGACCAAGGCGCCGCCUGUCGGCGCACCAUUUACAGGUAUGAUCUUCAUGGAAAUCUCCGAAAGUCGACAGUAG